GCUUUUCCAAGUACUAGCAACACACUCUGACGGUAAGAAGCACGCUAUUGCAUACUUCAGCAAGGUAACUCAGGGAGCCGAAAAUAAGUAUCACUCCUACGAGCUAGAGACGCUAGCAGUUGUAAAAGCUCUCCAGCAUUUCAGGCACUACCUCGUAGGACUGAACUUUAAAGUGGUCACAGACUGUAAUGCCCUGAAAUCUACGGAGCGUAAAAAGGACCUCAUUCCACGCGUAGCGCGUUGGUGGAUUUACCUCCAGGACUAUGAUUUCACCAUUGAGUACCGGAAAGGUGUUAUGAUGCAGCACGCCGACUACCUGAGUCGAAACCCAAUCUCCCAUACAGUUAACCAAAUCACCAGACCAAGGAAUUGGGCACAGAUCGCCCAGGCAGCCGAUGGCGAAACCCAAGACCUCAUGCAGAAGCUUCGCGAUGGUGAACUAGACGCCAGCCGAUACCUAGUACAAAACGAUCUCCUCUGCUACAAGUAUACUCCAAUUGGUGAGUCACCACGUAUCUUGUGCUACAUCCCUAAAGGCCAUCGACUCAGUCUCUUACGAGUGUUCCACGACGAACACGAGCACAUUGGAGCAGAGAAGACCGUGGACCUCAUCCUGCGACACUUCUGGUUUCCGGGACUUAGGCAAUUUGUAAGCAAAUACGUGGCUCACUGCCUAGCGUGCAUUUCGAAGAAACGCGUCCCACGAGCUCCCCUACAAACGAUAAGUUCAUGGCCGAAGCCCGAUGAUCCCUUCAGCACAGUACAUGUGGAUGCGCUCGGGCCACUACCAGCGUCCGAGGGCUUCAAAUUUGUGCUCAUCAUAGUUGACGCUUUUACGAAGUUCUGUUUACUACAUGCCAUGCAACGGCAAGACGCCAGUGAACUUAAACAAAUUGUCACUCGAGCGGUGUCUUAUUUUGGUGUUCCGAAAUUGAUGGUCACGGACAAAGGACGCAUGUUCGAGUCCAGUGAAUUUGUUAGGUGGAUUAAUGAUUUAGGAUGCGAUCUUCACUACAUAACGCCGGAGAUGCACAAUGCGAACGGCCAGGUGGAGAGGUACGUACGCACGGUCCUCAAUAUGAUCAGGAUCGAGACCAACCAGCGAGGUGCGUCGUGGUCUCAAACGUUAUGGAGACUCCAGCUCGUCCUGAACAUCACCAAACAGAAGACCACACAAAUGUCACCUCUUAACCUCCUAAUUGGUACCGAUGGGACUACACCUAUCAUUCGAACGUUAGUUCGCGACUUGGCUCUCGAAAACUCUUCACCCAACCGACAAGCUUUUCGUGAAAUCUCUAGGAGUCGAGCACGUGAACUGCUCAAAGAAAAUCAGGCCCAUCAAGACGAACGUGUCAACCGAAAUCGACGUUCGCCACGCGAAUACAACCUAGACGACCAUGUGUUUGUUAUCAAAUUUUCACAGUCGACAGGAAAAUUAGAUCCAGGGAUGCGUGGCCCAUAUCGCGUGGUCAACAUCCUACCCUGCGGUCGCUACGAGCUACAACUUCUAAGCGGCAGCUACGGGAAGACAACGCAGGCUGCGGCACAGUACAUGGUGCCUUGGCGGGGCGAGUGGUGUCCCGAGACAUGCGCUGCAUUCUUCGCGAAUGACGACGAAGAGGAAAAUGGACCUGGCGCUGUUCCGCCGUCCGAUCCUCCUGCAGCGGUUCCACCCAGGCUCCUGUUGGAUCCGGACGAUGACAGAGCUGAGCCGUCGGGUACCGACACCUCCGAAUCUGGUGCUACAGCACCACAUUCCUCUCUAGCAGCUGCUCCGUCCAUGCCGCUCCUGGAUUCAGAUGAUGAGCCAACACCGUUGUGCGUUGAUGUUGCUGGUCGUAGUACCAUCCAGCCUCCUCCUGUUCCUACAGUGGGUCUUUCUAUGCCUCUCUUGGGGUCGGACGACGAGGCAGUAUCUUCAUAAAAUUGUUGUCGACGCCCGGCCUAGCGGCAGGGGGAUUACUUUAACAUUACGGGUCGAGGACGCCCCAUCAUCAGGAGAGGCCGUGUAAGCUGUACACCCCUCUCGGCUGUGCACCGUCCUUCACCACGAUAUAAAAGCAGAACGGGUCCAGAGCGAGGCAUUCACCUGUCGGCGCCCGCUCGGAUAUCAUCGGUGACGUGAGCCAUUUGUUAACGAUUUUCUUAUGUAUUUUGUUACUUGUUACUAUUUUGAUUCUUAUGUGAUUUGAUUUGAUAAAGUGUUGUGAGCAAUUGCGUAAGCACGGUAAGACAUCUUGUACUAAAAGAUACUUCGUUCCUUUAGGCUUAAGAAAACAAUAAUUUGUAAAUUUAAUAAAAGUUCGUUAAAAUUUUGUUAGA